GCUGCGCUGGGCGGCGGCGGUAGAGCGGCUCUCCCGCCCCCCGGCCCCCCGGCCUCCCGCCCCCCGGGACGGAGCGCCGAGCAGCCCCCGGCUCCGGGACGCGGACUAUGGGCGAGGAGCGCUGAGCGCCGGGGGAAGAGCUGAGGAUGAAGCGGAGAGCAUCAGACAGAGGAGCUGGGGAAACGUCUGCUCGGGCGAAAGCUCUUGGCAGUGCCAUUUCUGGGAAUAAUGCAAAGAGAGCCGGGCCAUUUAUCUUAGGUCCUCGAUUAGGUAACUCACCAGUGCCCAGCAUUGUUCAGUGUUUGGCAAGGAAAGAUGGGACAGACGACUUCUAUCAGCUAAAGAUUCUGACCCUUGAAGAAAGGGGAGAACAAGGACUGGAAACCCAAGAGGAAAGGCAAGGCAAGAUGCUGUUGCACACGGAGUAUUCUCUGCUUUCCCUUCUGCACACUCAGGAUGGCGUAGUUCACCACCAUGGGCUCUUCCAGGACCGAGCUUGUGAAAUCGUUGAGGACGUGGAAUCUACCCGGAUGGUCAAGAAAAUGAAAAAACGUAUCUGCCUGGUCCUGGACUGCCUUUGUGCACAUGACUUCAGUGACAAGACUGCAGAUCUGAUCAACCUCCAGCAUUAUGUCAUAAAGGAAAAGAGACUCAGUGAAAGAGAGACAGUAGUUAUUUUCUAUGAUGUGGUCCGAGUGGUAGAAGCCUUGCAUAAGAAAAAUAUUGUGCACAGAGACCUGAAACUUGGCAAUAUGGUGCUAAACAAAAGAACCCACAGGAUAACCAUCACCAACUUCUGUCUUGGAAAGCACCUUGUGAGUGAGGAUGACUUGCUGAAAGAUCAGAGGGGGAGCCCAGCAUAUAUCAGCCCAGAUGUGCUCAGUGGUCGCCCGUACCGAGGGAAACCUAGCGAUAUGUGGGCCCUGGGAGUUGUGCUCUUCACCAUGCUGUAUGGGCAGUUCCCCUUCUAUGACAGCAUCCCUCAGGAGCUCUUCCGAAAAAUCAAAGCUGCCGAGUACACGAUCCCAGAGGAUGGCCGGGUUUCUGAGAAUACUGUGUGUCUCAUCCGAAAGCUGCUAGUGCUUGACCCCCAGCAGCGCCUGGCAGCCCCGGAGGUGCUAGAGUCUCUCAGUGCCAUCAUCGCAUCUUGGCAGUCUGUGUCUUCACUCAGUGGACCUUUGCAAGUGGUGCCAGAUAUUGAUGACCAGAUGAACAGCUCGGACAGCUCCCAGGAGGCCAAGGUGACCGAGGAGUGUUCUCAGUAUGAGUUUGAGAGCUACAUGCGGCAGCAGUUGCUCCUGGCAGAGGAGAAGAGCACACCCAACGAGGCCAGAAGCUUCCUGCAGAAGCGCCACUUCGGAAGCGUGCCCCCCGUGCGGCGGCUGGGCCGGGACGCCCAACCCAUGAAUCCCCUGGACGCCGCCAUCCUGGCGCAGCGCUACCUCCGGAAGUAGCGAGGGGCCCUGCCUGCCCAUCCUCCAACCACAGCAAUAGCCCAGCCCAGGCCAGCCAGCUCUCCUGAAGCACCGCCACGGGCCACUUUGUCCAGAGCAACACACUCUGCUAGUGUCUGGAAUGAUCGAUUGGCUGUUUUUUAAUCUGAAAAGCCUAGACAACUAAUAUGCUUUUAAUCAUGACUUUUUAAUCUACCUCUGUCUUUUUAACCAACCACGAUGUCUCUGGAUCGAGUGCCCCUGGAGAGUGCCCUGGGCCCUGGCUGGAGGCUGGGCAUCGUCUUGGGGGCUGGCAGCUCCAGGGGGUUGAAUAAGCUGAGUGGUGGGAGUUUGAUCAACUUCACUGUUUCUUAAAGCCUGUCUCUCCCUCCCCACCCCACCCCCCACUCCCCCAGAACUCUCCUCACCCUGACUUCCAUAAGCGGCGAGAAACCCUUGCCUCAUCUUAAACCUGGUUCCAAAAUAUUUAUUUUUUUUUUUUUUUUACAGAAAAGAGCUAGUUUCUCUCCACCUUCUCUGUGGCUGGGUCUGGGCCUGGGCCGUUCCCCAAGGCCAGCAGUCAUGGGGGCUCAGGUAGAUGUUCAGACCUGCCCUGCCGAGGCAGGGACACUGGGAUAGGGAAGCCUCUGGUGCGGGCUCCCCCCCCCCCCCCCAGCCUCACACUUGGGCCAUUCUCUGAAAGCAAUCCUUUUCUUUUUAAAAAAGGUCUUUGCUACUCUUGGUUUUCCUCUUCCGUAGCUUUUCUGAGGUGCCGCACACUUGCAUUACUUCUGAUUUCACACUUCACACUCAUUGUGGUACACAGAGAUAUCUACUACACGACUUACAAUGUGAAAGACAGUCCUCGGAACAGCUGAGUGGAGACUCGGGCUGGCCAUGGGGGGCAGUCGGAUAUCUCUGCUGCAUGGUUCUCCCUGGCGGCCAGCGUCUGGAGCCCCAGGGGUGCCCCGGAAUCCCCUGGGGAGAGGGCUUGGGGCUGAGGCUCUGCCUCCUGGGCUUAGAACAGCAUACACCCUCCUUUUGCUUUCUGAGCCUCCUUGUCAUUGUGAACUGGAUGCCUGUCUUGCCAGAUAUACUGUUCUUCCCCCAAAGCCUCCUCUCUCCUGGCGCUUCCUCAGAGCAUGGCCCCAUUUCUACCCAAUCUGAUCCCCCCUGCCCCCUCCAGGCCCAGGGGAACCCCGCCACUGGCACAGCUUACAAGGUGUCUGGGAGGCUCCCAAUUCUUGCUCAGAGAUCCCUGUGAUGGGCUGGGUUUUCUGUUCCUUUUCCCCUUUCCCUUGCCCUCCCCUCCACCCUCCAAUGAGAAGACAGGUUCCUGUGGCAUAGUGUCCUCAUUUCUACAGUUGUAAUUCAAAGGGCCCCUAGGAGCCACCCCUCCCCAAAGGCAGUACAGAAGGAAGGAAAAUCUGAGGCUGCCCGUGUUUCUCUCCCCUAUCCCUGGUUCCCCCCAUGCUGACUCACUGUGAGUGACUUUGGGCAAGUUACCAAACCUCUUUGUGCCUCAGUUUCCCCAUCUGGAAAAAAUGGGGCCUACUCUUGCCAGCAAGUUAGCAGGGACUACACGCUUUGUGGGCUGGGGAGGGGGCCGCUGGCCCCAACCCUAGCCGGAGUCUCACUCUCCGGGCCCUUUGUUAGCUUGGUUAGUUGUUUUGGGGGAGAGCUCUGUGUCUGUUCCAUGUCCUGUGUCUUCUUGUGUGUGAGCCCUCCCAGCCCACGCAGACAUCUCAAUGAUGUGUCGAGCACUUAACCCCUCAGCAGCAGGCAGCCCGCUCUGCCUCAGAAAGGCUGCAGUGGAGAGGGGAGUUCCAGGCUGGCCACAUGGGUGCAGACCCUGCCCAGCAGUGGGAAGGGGGUGCCAGGGGAGGAGUCUUGUGUUUUUAUAUUUAUUUUUAAUGAAAUAAAGCUCUGAAGGGAGUAGAAUCCCAGGGGUCUGGGGGAGGGGGAGGGACUGGGGGGCGGUGUCUGUCCUCGCCUCUGCCAGCCGCCCCCCCCCCCAGUGGCAUCUCCCUCACCUCCCUUCCUAGGAAAGUUCUGUUUCUUGGUGAUUGGGGUUUUUAUUCCCUCCUUUUCAAAGCAAUAUUCUGGGGACUCUGCAAAGUUGUAUCAUACUCAAUCUUCCUGUCCAUGGUCAGUCGACAGAUGAUGAUCCCAGGUUUAUGUGACAGUAGAGGAGUGAGGACAGGGCCUAAAGGUGGCCCUGUGGGCCCUGGCCUGGGCAGGGCUGUGGACUGGGCACCACCGGGACCUGGGACCUGGGACCUGGGCCCAGCCCUGGGGUCAGGGCCCCACAUCUGUCUCUGAGCUGCUUGUUUCAGCGUUAGCGAAAUGACAUGCUGAAGAGAAGGCCGAUUGUAAAGAAACAAUAAAAUGUAAAAUUCACAAAAAAAAAAUUUGUAUAAAGACCUAUUUUUGUACUACAUCAGAACUAUUCCUGCAUGUCUGCAAUAAAAUUUCCUAAUGUAGAACCA